ACAGUCCCUGACACAAUCACCGACUGGAAAGCCAUGACUUUCUAUACCUCAGAGCACAGUGGUUUGGGAAUCUCUGAGACUGUCAGCCUGCGGACCUUCAAGCCCUUCUUUGUGGAACCGGCCUUGCCCUACUCUGUGAUUCGGGGGGAGUCAUUCCCCCUAAAGGUCAAAGUCUUCAGCUACCUAACACAGUGCAUGGGGAUCCAGCUUAGCCUAAAGGACUCUGGGGAUUUUGAGUUUGUGCAAUCGAAUGUCGAGUUCACUGCCUGCCUCUGCCCUGAUUUGGCAAAAACCUUCUCCUGGGACGAGAAGGCUACAAAACUGGGCAGAGGGACUGCCAGAGGAGAACACCCACACCUCCCUCCUGUGCCCGAAAGGGAACACCACUUCAGAGACCAUCACUCUGGCUGUGCCGGGGGAUGUGGUGCCAGGGUCAGAGAGAGCGGACAUUUCCACUCUAGGAGACAUCAUGGGAACAGCACUGCAGAACAUCGACGGCCUCCUGCAGAUGUCCGCUGGAUGCAGAGAGCAGAACAUAUGGUGCGUUUCGCCCCCAAUGUCUUCAUCACACGGUACCUGGAGGAGACAGGCCAGAGAUCAAACAGAAAGCUGCUGGCUUCCUUGAAAGCGGUGAGCGGAUCUGAAUUUAGGUUGUGGUGCUAGCUGUGAGAGGUCACUGCGGGCUUGUCUACACCAGAAAUUCUGCAGCGGUGUAGCUGUAGUGCUUCAGUGUAGAUGCUACCUAUGCUGCUGGGAGAGGCUCUCCCACUGGCAGAGGUAAUCCACCUCCCCAAAAGGCGGCAGCUAGGCCAAUGGACGAAUUCUUCUGUCGACCUAGUGCUGUCUACACAGGGGCCUUAGAUUGGCUUAACUACGUUGAUCAGAGGCAUGGACUUUUCACACCUCAGAGCAACAUAAACUGGGUCAAGCUACUAAGCUGAUCACAUGAUGAAGCUGUAAGGAGAGUCCUGCUCCUGGAUUCCUAGCUGGGUGAAUCCAGCAUAACUCUACUGAUGUCACAAGAGUUACUCCAGAUUGACGUUGGUGUAAAUGAGUGCAGAAUCCUCUUUUAUCCCAUAUCUGUACAAGGGGGACAAUAAUGCUUACAUACCUCUGCCAAUCCCUUUGGUGGAGCUGCUCAGGUGCAAAACUCUAAACAUUAUUAUUAUAAAGACGAACUGGGAGGGAGAUCACUCACCCAAAGAAUGGGAUGGCUGCAAAACAUCUUCACUGUCUGGCUGGCUCUCCGGAGGAUACCAGCGACAGCUCCGGUAUAAGCACAUUGAUGGCUCAUACAGCGCCUUUGGAGAAGGCCAUGGUCCAGAGAACACCUGGUAAGCAGAGAUCCCCAGAGCAUGAGCUGAGAGCUGGCUGAGCUCAGGUCAGGCAUGGCAAAGAGGAACAGAUCUGGCCAGGGAAGCACUGCCCUAAGUAUAGGGAACCUGAGAAGGUUCGGAGCAUCUGAUGCUACUCUGAACUGACACUGGGGCUGGGAAAUCUGACUCGGGAGCUGAUGUACUGAUUUGGGGGGGGUCUCCAUGUUUGGGUGUCCAAAGUUGGGCAUCCCAACAUAAGAUGCCACCUUUUUGAAAAUCUGACUGCAAAAGCUUUCUCCUCUCACAAGACUCCCGUGGCUCUUUGGGUAAGUCUAUGCUGCACACCGAGCCUGGAUCUGUGGGACCCCAGCUUGCGGACUUGGUUUUUUCAAACUAAGUGUCCGUGCUGCAUUGCACACCUGGGUUUGCAGGUAGGUCCCUCAGUCAUGCUGACACAUCCUUACUGCACUACAUAGAGCUUCUGACUCAGGUCUGCAGCUGGGAUUUCAGCCCUGCUGUCCCCACCCGCACUUGGGGAAUGAGGUGAGAAUAGCAGGGACCAGAGGGGAGAAACAACACUGAAUUAUCAGAAGCUCCAAAAUGUCCUGGUGGGAGGGGGUGAGUCCGAGCUCAGGGCUGAAAACUUCAGAUCUUUUUUAUUUUGUGUGUUGCUUCUGUUUGCCCCCUCCUACUCUCCUAAUACUACAUCGGGAGGCAGCCCAUUUGUUUCACCCCACGCGCAAAAUACAAUGGGAGAUACCAUGAUGUUUGUGUCCUUUUAGAAACCGUUCUUCUGGGACUAGCAACCCUCGCGUUCUCUGUCCCCCACCCAUCUCUUCCCUGGCCUCAGGCUGACCGCUCUUGUCCUCAAGACAUUUUGCCAAGCCCAGCACUCCAUCCACAUAUGUAAGCAGUGUCAGGAUGAGCUCCACCCUGACAUCUGGUGGUGAGGUGUGGCAAGUUGUGGAAAAGAACUUCAGGGGCCGAUCUCAUUUGCAUAGGCACACCCACCACGCCUAGAAUGAGGCCAUAGCUGCCCAAAUGGUCACUUUGGCUGCUGUGGGAUCCCUAGUGUCUCUGUUA